AUCGCACGGCUCCUAGAGCUAGAAUCUAUGUCACACUCGAGGCUCCGGAUUCGAAUGCUGGCCAGGGGAAGCGGUGAAAUCCACGCCUGAUCCAAUCCAGCCGCUAGGUAUGAGCAUUCCAUCCCCUCCAAAGCAGCGCAGCGCCGGUGGACGGCAAUGGAAGCUCCUGGAUAUGGUGAUGGUGUUCUUGUUCGCUGGGGUUUUCAUCUUCUUCCUCCUCCUCUUCACUCCCCUGGGGGAUUCCAUGGCGGCAUCAGGUCUAAAGUCUCUCGAUUCGCCUCUGGCGAUGGAGAUUCGUCCCAGCGGCAGGCAGAGGCUCGUCAAGCUGAUUGAGAAGGGCCAGCGAGUGGAAUUGUGCGCUCCUGGCCUGGCGGAUUACAUGCCUUGCCAGGAUCCAAAGAGGUCCUCGCAGAUCAGCCGGGAGAGAAAUCGCUACAGGGAGAGGCAUUGUCCGCCAGAGAAUGAGAGGCUUCUUUGUCGCAUUCCAUCGCCUCGGGGUUAUAAGGUACCAGUUCCAUGGCCAGAUAGCUUAAAUAAGGUGUGGUACAGCAACAUGCCUUACGGGAAAAUCGCAGAAAGAAAAGGCCAUCAAGGCUGGAUGAAGAAGGAGGGCGAGUAUUUUAUCUUCCCAGGUGGCGGCACAAUGUUUCCAGAGGGUGCCUGGCAGUACAUUGAGAAGCUGGAGCAGUACAUCCCUCUGAGUGACGGACAGAUUCGAACAGCACUGGACGCCGGCUGUGGAGUUGCGAGCUUUGGUGCUUACAUGCUUCGCAAGGAUGUGCUUACGAUGUCUUUUGCUCCGAGAGACUCACACAAAGCACAGAUCCAGUUUGCUUUAGAACGAGGAAUUCCUGCCUUCGUUGCAAUGCUGGGAACUCAAAAGUUACCUUUUCCUGCGUUCUCCUACGAUUUGGUGCAUUGCUCUCGCUGCUUGAUCCACUUCAGCGCCUACAAUGGAUCUUACAUGAUCGAGAUGGAUCGCCUCUUGCGACCUGGUGGUUUUUUCGUGCUAUCUGGACCUCCAGUCGGCUGGAAGAAGCAAGAGGCAGAAUGGCAGGAGCUUCAAGAGCUGAUCGAGAGGAUGUGUUACACGCAGGUGGCUGUAGAAAACAACAUAGCAAUCUGGCAAAAAGCACUCAACCAUACGUGUUACGUGGACCGAGAAGACGAAGAACCGGCACUCUGUGACACAGACCACGAUCCAAAUGCCGCAUGGUAUUCUCCUUUAGACAAGUGUUUGUCGAGACUUCCCGACUCGAGACCAAGCGAUUCGCGAGCCGGCGGAAAGCUUCCGGAGUGGCCGAAGCGAUUGCAGGAGACGCCAAGAAGGUUUCACAAGUUUGGAGAGGCCAGCGUCUUCGAGAGAGACUCGCGAAGGUGGAGCCAGAGAGUUAGACACUACAAGGAAGUGGUGCUGCUCAAGCUUGGCUCUCCUCGCUACAGGAACAUCUUAGACAUGAAUGCGGGCUAUGGAGGCUUUGCUGCUGCUCUUUACCACGAUCCGGUGUGGGUCAUGAACGUCGUUCCAGUCACUGCUCCGAACACUCUACCCGUGAUCUUCGACAGAGGUCUCAUUGGAGUUCUACACGACUGGUGUGAAGCAUUCUCGACGUAUCCACGAACUUACGACUUCAUUCACGUCUCAAACAUGCAAUCUUUCACAACACAAGCGUCUACGAGCUGUAGCUUGGUGGACGUGAUGCUGGAGAUGGAUCGAAUUCUCCGGCCACAAGGCACAAUUCUCGUCCGCGACACGACCAAGAUGGUGGAAAAGAUUUCCAAGAUCGCAUACGCAUUGCAGUGGACGACCGAGGUUUUAACCACGGAAGGAGGAGUUCUCGGCAAAGAGAGGCUCUUCGUCGCCACAAAGCCAUUUCACACAUAGCCAAUGUACCAUAGGCCAAUUUUGUAUUUAAUGGGAGAAUAUUACACAGCA